UUUAAUACAACAAUUUAAAUAGCAAGUUUCAGUAUGUCAUAAUAACAACUUUAUUGAUAUAAUUUACAGUAAAUAUAUACAAGUAUUACAAAGAUGUCUGGAAGUAAGUGUCGAAAUUGUGGAUCCACGGAAAUUGAAACAGAUCCAGCUCGAGGAGAUGCUGUCUGUACAGAAUGUGGUUUUGUUUUGGAAGAUCAACUUAUUGUUAGUGAAACAGCAUUUAAAGAGACACCAUCUGGAAAUAUGAUGGUGCUCGGUCAAUUUGUUGCUAAUGACAGUACUGGAGGAGCUACAGAAUUUGGAGCAACUUAUCAUAUCAAUGGAAAAGAAUCAAGAGGAAUUACAUUACAAAAUGCAAGGAAAGGAAUAACUCAUUUAUGUAUGCAGUUACGUUUGAAUCAACACUGUAUUGAUACAUCCAUGAAUUUUUAUAAAAUGGCCCUAAACCGACAUUUGACCCGCGGAAGAAAGCAAGCGCAUAAUCAUGCAGCUUGUGUUUAUAUUACUUGCCGUACAGAAGGCACUGCACAUAUGCUUAUUGACAUUAGCGAUGUUCUUCAAAUUUGUGUUCAUGAAUUGGGACGGACGUAUUUGCGGUUUACACAAGCUCUUUGCAUCAACAUUCCUUCAGUAGAUCCAUGCUUGUAUAUUCUGAGGUUUGCAAAUAAGCUAGAAUUCGGUGAGAAAACUCAUGAAGUGUCUAUGACGGCUUUGCGAGUAGUUCAAAGGAUGAAAAGAGAUAGUAUUCACAGCGGACGUAGGCCAUCAGGAUUAUGUGGAGCUGCCUUAUUGAUGGCUGCUCGAUUACACGAGUUCAACAGGUCGCCUGCUGAUAUUAUAAAAAUCGUAAAGGUACACGAAUCGACGUUACGCAAAAGGCUUAUAGAAUUUGGAGAUACACCUUCGAGCGCGUUAACUCUCGAAGAAUUUAUGACGGUCGAUUUGGAAGAGGAACAGGAUCCCCCGGCAUUUAAAGCUGCCCGGAAAAAGGAUAGAGAACGGUUACAGAAGUUGGAAAAUAUAUAUACAGAAAUAAAUGAAUUGCAAGCCGAGAUUGAUAAACAGCUGGAAGAGCAUAGUGUAGGAAAAACAAGAAAACGAAAAGAUGCAGUUUGCUUAGAAAGGGAGGACACUGAGAGGUUCGUAAGAGAGAGUAAUUUAAAUGUAAUAAAAAGUUACGUGGAAGAUGCGGAUGAUCCUGAUAGUGAAGUUCAAGAAUCUAAUUUGAAUAACACUAAUAACCGAUUGAUUACUGGGCUCGGUCCAAACAUUGCUUCCAUGGGACUAAUAUCGGCAAAUGAUCGAGAAAAUGAAACGAACGGGCAAACAAACGCAACUUAUGAAAAUGACACGGGCGAGAUUGAUAUCGCUGACCUGGAUGAUGAAGAAUUAGAUAGUUAUAUCAUGUCGGAAAAGGAGGCACAGUUUAAACAUAAUUUGUGGAAUAAAGUAAAUGCUGAGUAUUUAGAGCAACAAAAAGAGAGAGAAGAAAAACGACAAAAAGAAAAAGAAGAGGGUAAACCUGAGAAAAAAAGACGACGAAGUACUAAACGUAAUAAAACACAGGCACCAGCAAAUAGUGCAGGAGAAGCAAUUGAGAAAAUGUUACAAGAGAAGAAGAUUUCGUCGAAAAUUAAUUAUGAAGUAUUAAAAAGUUUAAAUGUUAGUUUAACUACUUUAAACAAAGAACAACAAAAAAUAGAAGAACCAGUUGAAUCACCCAGAGUAGAUAUAGAUAAUGCUGCAAGUUCCAGCAAAGUUCUGCCGAAAUUACAAGAUAAACCAACUAUAACAACAGUCAGAAAAUCUCAUUCAGUUAAAGUUAAAAUUCAGAUAAAAGAAACAAAGGAAGAAAAUGAACAGAAGCCUGUUGAAAUAGAAACUAAUUUGGUAGAACCAACAUUACCAAAAAUAAAUGCCUGUGAUAUGGUAGAUGAAACUGAUGACUAUAUUGACGAAGAGGUUGAAGCUGAUCCUACAGAAAUGACUGUCGGACAAAUGCUUGGGCGACAUGGAUCAGAAGAUGAGAAUGAUUUUGGAUAUGGAUAUGAUGAAGAAGAUUAUUAGCUGUUUAUAAUUUUUUUUAUACUACUAUUUAUGCUAAUUACAUUAGCGCUUAAUAAAAAAGACUGUGUAUAAAAAGAAAACAUUUAUUAUGUUUAAUGUUUCAUUUGAAAAAUGUAAUAUAAUAUAAACCCUUUGUUUCAACAAAAAGAAGGAGUAAAAUAUUGUAAUUAGUUAAUGAAGUCGGCUGUUAUUAUAAAUUAUAUAAUUUUUGUUA